GACUUAUGAGGCCCAACAUUUGGUUAGUUUCUUCUUCCCCAAGUCCAACCUUUCCUUUCUUUAAAGGUUUUUCUCAUACCCUAGAAUUCUCCCCCAAAAAACAGAAGAAUACGCAAAUCAGAGGAGAGAGAAAACAUAAAAAAACGCAAAAAUGGCGACCUUCAGCGAAGCUCCAGCAGGAAACAAAGAUGGCGGAGCUAAGAUCUUCAAGAUGAAGUGCGCUCAAUGUCACACUGUUGAACAAGGAGCUGGCCACAAACAAGGUCCAAAUCUAAAUGGCCUCUUUGGGAGGCAAUCUGGGACAGCUGCUGGGUACUCUUACUCUGCUGCUAACAAGAACAAGGCUGUUGUCUGGGGGGAAGACACUCUAUACGAAUACUUGCUGAACCCAAAGAAGUAUAUCCCCGGUACAAAGAUGGUGUUCCCUGGUUUGAAGAAGCCACAAGAUCGUGCGGACCUUAUUGCCUAUCUGAAGGAAUCUACUCAGUAAUUGCACAACAUACUUUUCCCAUCUUUUGUGUAGGAGAAGAUCAAAGGAGGAUUUUGAUCGCGAAAUGAGAUUUUUUUGCUUCUUAGUGAACUUAGAAUUCGUUUUUGUUAAAUAAGAUUUACUAUGCUGGGGAAAUUAUACCCUCGAUUCUUACUAUAUCUUGCUGCUAUAGCUUGGUCUAUUGACGAUUAUUUACAGACGAAUCAUAGACUUGUUUUGCUCCAUGAAUGGAAAAAGGAAAUUGGAAAAUUGUUCGAUCUCUUUUGUAAUAGAUGCUGGUUUAUUGAUUA